AUGUCCACUGAUGUCUUCGGCAUUUAUGGGAAUGCCCUUGCUACCAACACCCUGAGCGAAACCAUCGAGUUCAUAUUUCGUAGUUCAAAUGUGAACGAAACCCAGAACGUCAUGGACAUGAUAAUGGGCACAAUGGCCGCCAAUUUGAACACAGCUACAGCGUGGAAAGUGCUUAUUGCCUUGGGUGGUGAGAUAGAUGCUAGUCAGCGUCGUGACUAUUUCGAGAGCGUUGUACCUCGAAUCGCCGGACUGCACAGGAAAAUGAAUAUGAUAGCGGAAAAGUUAGCUCUCAUGUACGGUUUCACAGGAGAUUCCGCGCAAAAUUACUCAAAACUCAUACGUGCAAUGCAGCUGUCGUCAAUAGUCUCGUCGGCACUCAUGGCAGCAGGAAAUAAUACUUCACAGUACAAGCAAGUCGAGACUAUGGCCAAACAACUCGGCGUUGUAAGCAACGCCGGAAUCACCAACAACGCACCUGUAAGUGCCGUCAUAGGCAUAGGAGGAGCUCGGUCUGGUGGAGUGAGUGCGCUGCAGCCAGGACCAACGAAUAGCACCGCUUCCGUGUCGUCAAUUAAUGGAACAGCUUCUGCGGCAUCACUCGGAGCAGUUACGAACGCGACAGGUGCCGGAGCAGUUCCCCUUGUAGCUCCUACACCAUCAAACUUAACUGCAGCUAAACCUGGUUUCAGUGCAACAGGUUCAACACAUCACUUUUUCGCUUGA